AUACAAUGGUCCGAACCGGGCUCAAAACGCAGCAGCAGCAGCAGCAGCAGCAACAGCAGUCAAACUCAAACAGGGGGCAAUGCGAAGACCUAUAAAUAGCGAACACUUGAGCCUUGUCGAUUGUUAGUUUGGAUUUGGAACUACCAAAAGCCGAACGUCGCACAAAAACCCCAAACCUAGCAACCAUUGAGUUUUGUUUGCUUUGAAACAUCGUGUGCACAGUACCCCAGAAGAUCGAACAAGGAUCUCCACAAAGACAAACCCCAGUUCUCAACUGUGUUUUACCUCUCUCUCACCUACUUUCAGACCAUACCCAGGGUUUUUGCUUUUUCUUUUUAAAUUAGUUUCAGUGACAUUAACGAGGCUGAGAAGAUGCAGCAGACACCACCAAUGAUUCCUAUGAUGCCUUCUUUCCCACCUACGAACAUAACCACCGAGCAGAUUCAAAAAUACCUUGAUGAGAACAAGAAGCUGAUUCUGGCAAUAUUGGACAAUCAAAAUCUUGGAAAACUUGCAGAAUGUGCCCAGUACCAAGCUCAGCUUCAAAAGAAUUUGAUGUAUUUAGCUGCAAUUGCUGAUGCCCAGCCUCAAACCCCGGCCAUGCCUCCGCAGAUGGCACCGCACCCUGCCAUGCAACCAGGAUUCUAUAUGCAACAUCCUCAGGCUGCUGCAGCAGCAAUGGCUCAGCAGCAGCAAGGAAUGUUCCCCCAGAAAAUGCCAUUGCAAUUUGGCAAUCCACAUCAAAUGCAGGAACAACAACAGCAGCUACACCAGCAGGCCAUCCAAGGUCAAAUGGGACUUAGACCUGGAGAUAUAAAUAAUGGCAUGCAUCCAAUGCACAGUGAGGCUGCUCUUGGAGGUGGAAACAGCGGUGGUCCACCUUCGGCUACUGGUCCAAACGAUGCACGUGGUGGAAGCAAGCAAGAUGCCUCUGAGGCUGGAACAGCUGGUGGAGACGGCCAAGGCAGCUCCGCGGCUGCUCAUAACAGUGGAGAUGGUGAAGAGGCAAAGUGACAUGUUUUUAUGUGCUUUUCAUGAGAUACAUAUGACUGUUGAUAGUAGGUUUUCUUAAAAGGGUAGGACUAGUGUGAUCUGAUGACCUUUGAUAGGUCGACCAAAGGACAAAAGGGCUUCUCUUGUUUGAUAGAUUAGGUAGUUGUGUUGUUAGAAUUUUGGCACGAAGCAAGUUUGCAUCAACUGAAACGGCUGGUGCCACAACAUACUGUACUUGUCACUGGAAGGUGUAAGCAUGUGGUAUUUGUGAUCACCUAAAUUGCUUCUGGUUUUUAACAAUUUUUCUUUGCAGUUUGUUGUGGUCAUAUAAACAAAAAUGUUUGCUUUU